UGAACAGUAGAAUUUCUUAUUUUUAAGGGAAAAAUAAAUAUAAGGAUGCAACGGAAAAAAACCAAAACAUUGCUCUAGGCUCUAAUUAGAAAUAAAGCUGGGUUAGCGAGCGGAACUGUAAGCAGACAGAACCAGCCUUGUGAGGGAUAAGCCCAGUGUGGGUUGUAUUAGUAGUACAACAGCACUUUGCUGGAAGACGUAAAAUCCCUGAACAGAGGCUGGGUGUGAGGGUGGGAGAUAAUAACUCCUCUCUUUAGUAACCAGAGAAAGGUGGAUGCCCUGAAUAACUAGGAGAAGAAAAAAAUAACCCCCUCAGCAAUGAGUGCUCAAGGGAGACCAUUUCAGCAUAAUUAACUUAUAUGUGUAUCACUUAGGUGUAAGAGUAUUCCAGGCAAUAUACAUGUAUUAGCCAAUUUAAUCCUCUCAGCAACUCUUCAAGGCAGUACUAUUAUUAUGCCUAUUUUACUGAUGAGUAAAUUGAGGCAUGGAAAAAUUAAGCAACUUGUCUAAGGUCACAUUGCUAGUAAGUAGUAAGGAAAAUGAACUGCCAAGCUUUUGGUUAGUAGCCGAAUGCUUCACUGUUUGCACCAUCCAGGGAGUCCUAAGGGGUGAAGAAGGGUGAGCAUACCAGGGCAACAGAAGGCAGUAUACUAGACUCCACAGGAGCUGUGUGAUGUUGCCAAAGGGCCCUGAUUUGGAAAAAAUGACGGACUUUAAAAUUCUCUGAUUUGGAUGUUACAGCAUACUAUUUGCUGGUUUUACCUGAAACUGCUAGAAUUUCAUUUUUUAAAGAUAAGUUACACUAACUUGAAGAUGGUACUGUCAAAUCAGCAAUUACUGUUUUUCCUGUAAAUAUCCAAAGGCAGUAAAGAGAACAGAAAAAGAAGUAGCAAUAGAAACCUCUUCUAUGAGAAAACUAGAUGACAAUUGAAGUCCAAGUCACAAAAUAGGAGGAGAAAAAGCAGAACGUGGGAGGGAAAGACAGAUAAUGCCGAUGACUGUAGAUAUUGGAAUGAACUGGCAAAAUGCAAUCCCCAAGGUGAGGAACCCUCUGCAGUAAAACCCAAAUCCCUCUUUGCAAAAGCAGAAACAAGGUGCGGAGCUCACAGCUAUAUCACUGGAUGUAUUUGUGGGAUUGAACAAGGAACAUAUAGACAGUCAUAUUUACUAAAAGCAGUCUGUUCAUAUGAUGAUUGUAGAAAAAAGGCUACACUGUGAACAGAUCAUUAGCUGCCUGACGACUAGAGAGGAGUAAAGGCUAAAGAAACUCACAAAAUCCUAGGCUAGAGGGGAAAUUCCCACCAAUUUGCCCUAAUCAUCUUCCUAAUAGAAACUUCGUACAAAUAGCUGGUUUAGGGAAAACUCACCUUAUUCAAAGUUGAGUAGUCAGAAAAGAAACUAGCACAGAUUCCUUUAUUAUACAAAAAAAAUAAGGAAAAAAUGAGGACAUAAAUGGGGGGGAGGGGGAAGCAAAUAUGACCAUCCACCAAAAAAAUGCUGCCAUAGAUAAAAUUUGUGAUCGACUAUUUUACCGUGAAUUAAAAAAAAAAGAAAAAAACCCAGUGGCCUUCUUUAAAAUAAGAGAGAGCCAUAGCAGUAUUAUUCAUAAUUGCCAAAAAGUGGAAACAACCCAAAUGUCCAUUAACUGAUGGAUGGAUAAAUACAAUGUAAUAUAUCCAUAUAAUGGAAUAUUAUUUGGCAAUAAAAAGAAUAAAGUCCUGAUAUAUACUACAACAUAUAUAAACCCUGAAAACAUUAUGUUAAAUGAAAGAAACCAGUCACAAAAUAUUACAUGUUGUGUGAACCCAUUUAUAUGAAAUGUCCAGAACAGGCAAAUUCAUAGAAACAGAAAGCAGAUUAGUUGUUGCCUAGGACUGGGGAAGUGGGGAGAGGGAAGUGACUGCUAAUGGGUACACGGUUUAUUUUUGGGGUGAUGAAAAUGCUGCAAAACUGAUUGUGGUGAGGGUUGCACAACUCUGUGAAUACACUAAAAACCAUUGAAUCAUACACUUUAGAUGAUGAAUUGUGUAGUGUGUGGAUUAUGUAUCAAUAAAGCUAUUUUUUAAAAAAGAAGCUACUAAAAAAUAAAAUACCAUAUAAACCAGAGAAAAAUAACUUAAGGAAUAAAUGAAGAAAAAAGGACACGAAGAAUGAGCUGGAAGACCUCAGUAAUGAGGUUAAAGGAAAAAUUAAAACCACGAAAGUGAAGUGAUAGAAUAGAUGCUGCUGAAAAAAACAGCAAUACAGAGGAUUGGAAUAAGAAAAGUGAGCAAAAUGAAAUAAAAAGAAUUAAAAGACAGGCAAAGGUGAUCCAAUUUAAGUAUAACUGGAGUUCCUAGGAGGAAAAUUACAAUAAGGAAAGAGAACACAUAUAUUAAGAUAGAAUUUUUAAAAAUUCAGAACUAAAAGAAUUACAGGUAGUCCCCAACUUCCAUUUGAGGUAUGACAAACACCAGUAUGUGGUAUGAUGGGUUGCUUUCGUGUGGCCUUUCCCACCAUGGUCUUGUAACUCUCACCAAAUGAUUUGAUGGGACUGUACAAAUAAGGUAAUUGUGGCCCAUCAAGGGAGUUGGUCAGUUUUGCCAUCCUGCUAGGCUUAAAAGAGAGCCAAUUCCAGAGAGAGAAAGGAUCUCAGCAACACCAAGGAAGAAGAGUGAGGAGUGGAGCAUGUCCUUUGGACUCAGGAUCCCCGCACUGAGAAGCUCCAUGAGAUUGAGAGAGAAUGCUGUAACUCUGAAGACAGUGAGAAGCAGUGGCAGAGAAAUGGUGGCAGGAGAGACCAGGAGAAGACAGUGCAGUGGGAUUUCCAGCCCACAGAUUGAGAAAGAGAUCGUAUUAUCUAUGGCUGCCAUGAAAACUUCGAACUAUGGUGACCAUUUCAGGCCAGAAAAAUUGAAAGAAUGGCCAGACCCCAAGGCAGUUUCUUUAAUGGAGGAAUUAGCUAGAGAAGACAUUGAUGAAGCUGUACACGCAAUAUUACUUAGAGAAAAUUAUGUUGUGAAGAGAUUAGAUACAUAUUUUCAGCAUCUGGAAGAUUUUAAAGAAAGAAGAAGAGAAAUAUUACAUAAAAAAUGGGUUGAAAAUGUUGCAAAGCCUCUUCAGCAGAGAAUUAUGGAAAAAGUAAUUUCAUAUAAAAAUAGAGGGCUGAAAAAAACAAAACAAGAGAAUUUCGGAUAUUAUUUACAGCAUACAAAUAAAACGGAAACUGUAUCUGGAGACCGUUAUAAUCCUGAAGUAUGUAAUCCUUUUCAUAUGAGGAAAAAGGACUCAAGAUAUGGAAAGGCUUCAGUCCCACUGUUUUAUGAUCCUCUGUUUCAAAGACAGCAAGAGGUGGAUGAAGAGAACAGAGCUGUUCUCCAACGUGAGACAGGAAAACAAUAUUCCAAAAAAGAAUAUAAAGAAACAGAGAAGGCCAGGCUACGUGUGAACUUGCCCCAGUUCACUUUCACUCUACACAGCGUGACACCAAAAGAAAGGUGGAAGGACUCUGGGAGAACCAUGAGAAGUAAAAUUCGUAGUCCAUGCAGAGAAGAAUUUGAGGUAUGGGCAUCUUGGAUUUCUGGCUCUGAUCAAACAACUCCAUUACUGAGUGGAAUAGAAGGACUGAGAGAGGGUCAUAUUGGGGGAGAUACAAGCAGUUAAUGUGCUCAGCUGUUAACUGAAAGGUUGGAGGCUUGAGUCCACCCAGAGGUGCCUCGGAAGAAAGACCUGGCAAUCUACUCCUAAAAAAUCAGCCAUGGAAAACACUACGGAGCACUUUGACACACACGAGGUUGCCAUAAAUCAGCAUCGACUCAAUGGCAACUGUUUUUCUCUGUCUGUACUCAGAGGCCUGUAGAGUCUCCACCCUCCACUGGGAAUCUGUACUAACUGCACUGCUUGAUUUGCCCACCCGGGGAGGGAGAUGUUGAAAGCAAGGUUAAAUGGCCAACUUCCAGGACACCAACCAGGCCCCAGGAGAAAAAUUCUACCAAAGAUACUGGAAUUGUGGAAGAAUCAAUCAUUUCCCUGGUAUUUGAUGGGGUGUUUCAUUUCAGUCUCUCAUGAGAGGAAAUUGUGCUGUGAUCCAACACAGAUGACUUCAGACACCUGGCUAGAGAAGCAGUGAGACAACUGGUAGCCCAGGAACGUUUGUAUCUGUUGUGCUCAGCCUCAUAAAACCUCCAGUGCCAACGGGCCUUAUUUCUCCAAGAUUACACCAUACCCCUAAUGAUAUGAUAUAGGAAGAGAACCAAUAAAAAUAAAUUUUAUGAUAACUGUUGUUUCAUUCCCAGGUAGAUAGUCCUGGUUAGGACUUCUGACUGAUUUAUUCUCUCUUGCCUUCUUUUCCUCACAUGUGUGUUAGACCUUCUGACUGUGUCCUACACAUCUCUUAAGCUCUGUUCUGGUUUUCUUUUUCCAUUGUUUUUCUCUUUGUCUUAGUUGCGACAUUUUCUAUUGACUUGUCUUUAAAUUCAGUAACCCUUCUUCUGUGUUCAGUCUGCCAUAAAAUCCAUUCAAUGAGUUCUUCAUUUCAGGUAUUGUAUUUUCUAGUUCUAGAAUGACCAUUUGAGUCUUUUUAAAAAUAUUCCAUUUAUCUAAUGAAAUGCCACAUUGUCAUCUAUUUCAUACGUCAUCCCCUCUAUUUUCUUUAACAUACUAAUCACGGUUAUUUAAGGAUUCCUGUCUGGUAAUUCCAGUAUCUGACUCAGCUGUGGGUCUCUUUCUAUUGUCUAAUUUUUCCUUUAAUUUUCCUCUCUCUUUUUAUGUCAAGUACAUUUUGGUUGUGAUUUUAAGGUUCUUCUAAGAACCUUACAGGCUUUAAAUGUUUUCUUCUAUCAGAGAGAAUUCCCCCUUUUCCCUGUAAGGCAGAUAGAGUGAGGAUUAAUCACCUUGAUUCAAUGAGCGAUUGAGCUCUUUCAGGGCUGGCUUACAGUUUUGUAUAAUAUCCAGUCCUAGUUCAUCCCCAGAUUCCAUUUGAUUGAUAGCCUGGUGCAUCUUGUCCCCACAGCCAGGGAUGGAUUACCCAGUAAACAAGGUACACAAAGGUUUUUUGUCACAUCAAAGAUGUGAAAUUGUGCCCUAGAGAUUAGUAAAUAAAUACAAUUAAGCCUGUGCAUACCUGGCUUACUAGUUAAUCUGCCCCUGCCCACAGCCAUGAAAAACUGUGGGAGAUUCAGUCUGUCAUUUGUAAGUUUUAAACCUUACUUUUUAACCUUCUGCCUCAUGCAGCUUAAAAAUUUAGCAAAUGUCCAGAGAGGAAGAUCAGAUAGGUCUACUCUCCUUAUGGGACUAGUCUCCUAAGUAAAAUAAUAUAAAAAAACAGAUGAUAGGUAAUUUCACUUUGCCUUCUAGAAACUUCUAGAUUAGCUCCCCAUCCAUCUAUAUAGCCCCAGAACUCAGCAAAUGUCCCAUGAGCAAAACCGGCUGUACAUUUCGGGCCCCUGAGUUUUCAGCCUGACCCGCCAGCCCUGCAUAACUGCCAAAGUGUUUUUGGUUUCUCUUCCCCCUGGAGACUCCCUCUGCCUGGCCAAACCUGAGCCUCAGCCCAAGC